AUUGUGUCCAGGCUUCGCUCCAAAUUCAAAUUCAAAAUGGAGGACGAGGAAGAAGUUGUAUCUGAUAUUCACGUCUUUAUUCCUUUCCAAAGAAACAACUCGGACAAUGUAGUGUAUACAAGAUUCCAUGUGAGAUGUCACUUUGAUGAUGAUGAUGGCGAAGAUGAUGAUGAUGAAGAUGAUGAUGACGAAGAUGAUGAUGAUGAAGAUGGUGAAGAUGAUGUGACUCAUGGUGUAUCAUUCGGCAACAUUCCAUGCGACGAUGAGGGGGAUUAUGUGAUAAAACGGCGAAAGAAAAACAUGCACCAAUCAAGUGAAGUCAUCACUAUAGAACACCAACUUGCUACUGGUCUGAAAGAUGUUGGGUUGCAGGUUUGGAGAGGUGCUCUGUUGAUGGCCGAUUUUAUUCUCAACAAUGAACAGAUGUUCAGUGGCUGCUAUGUCAUGGAACUAGGAGCUGGUGUGGGGUUGUGUAGUAUUGUUUUAGGGAGAGUUGCUAGCAGAGUAUUUUGCACAGAAACUGGUCAUGAAGCCAUUCUUAAGAACUGUAAACAGAAUGUAGAAACAAACUCCCAUCUCUACAGGAAUGCAACAAUGAAAGAAAAUGGUGACUAUAAUAGAGUUGUUAAGGUGCGACAGCUUGACUGGACAAAAGACUGUUUACCAGAAGAUGAAGGUGGUUGUGAGUUUGGUUGGAGCAAUGAGGACAGGCAUGAACUUGAUAAGAUUACAGUCUUGAUUGCUGCAGAUGUUAUUUACGAUAAUCAACUCACAGAUGCAUUUUUCAAAAAAGUGGUUCAUUAUCUCCAUAAGAAUGACAGUGCUGUGCUUUACAUUACGAUAGAAAAAAGGCUUAAUUUUACUCUAGAGUUUUUGGAGGUUUCAUGUCCAGCAUAUGACCACUUCAUCAACACACUACAAAAACUAGAAUCAGAACAAGUCUUACAAUCAAGGAAAAUACCCACCAGCUUUAAACAGUUCUUGGAGUAUGAGAGAGUCAAGGAACUGGAACUUUGGGAGAUAAAGCGGUAUUGAAGUGCAUCUGUGCCAGAAGCACGGCUUAAAAUCUUCAAUACAAUCACCAAAGGUCCGGUCGUCACUUUGGAUCGAAAACCCCUCGAGAGCAUAGCAUUUGCCGACCUUGACCUCAAGGUUUGGACAAAACUCUUCAAUAAAGGACCUAAGUCCUUUUUCAGUGACUUUCUUCGAAGACGUGAUAUUAAGGGUCCUCAAGCUACAAAAUAGUCCCUUAGAUAAAGCCUUUUUCAAGUCUUCCAGUAUGACGUCGCUGAUCGCUUUACCAUCACCAGUAGAACAAAGCCCCAAGUACUCUAAUGAUUUCAAGCGAGAGAGUUUAUCCAGAACCACUCGAAGUCCUUCGGUACUAACCAGAGGACACCAACCAAGUUCAAGAUAAUCCAUUCUGGUGUGUUCCCAUGGCAACGAACUGAUGACGUCAUCAUCCACACUCGUCCCAUCCAGUAUCAAACCUCGGAGACUCUUACAGUUGCUAAGCAACUCACCAAGAGUGUGUCCCCGCACGCACAGACACUUACGCAUGCUCAGUACCUCUAGUUUCCGACAUGACGUUACCAUGGAGACCAAAUUGUCUUUAGCCAAUAGGCAGUGACUAGUGUCCAGGCUCUUUAAAUUUUGCAUGUUCAUAAUAGUAGUGUCCAGGCUCCCGUCCUUAUAUAGUGGGUAGAUGAACGCGUCACACAAUCCAAACCAUUCCACUUGGCCAAGAUACCUUGAAACAGUCAAAUAGAAUCUCGCGGGACCUUCAGAAAACCGAAGAUCCAAGUAUUCCAAUUUUUCUGGAAAUAAAAAAAUUUCUUCAUCAUUUUCAGUUUCUUCAGCUACAAAAUUUGUUGAAUUUAAAACAAGUUUUCUUAAGUGAAGACAAUUUUGUGCCAACGUCGUGAAAAUCCUUCCUGUUAGCUGUAAGCCACUGAGGUCGAGGUUGAUUAGUCUCGAGACGGGACACCUUCGGAAUAGAGUUUCAAUUGAAUUGUCCUUGGAAAAAGGCUUUCUAAGUGUUUUUAAAUCUAGAGACUUCCAAAGGUAAUAGUCCCUUGAAAUUCUGUACCAUUGCUGACAGACUUGCCCAGCUCGAAGUAAAUCUAAAAUAUCCAAAUAAUCAAAUAUUUCUAGAAGAAUCCCCUCAUCUAAAUGUAGAAUUGAAGUAUUUGGAAGGCUUUUGGAAUUAUUCCUUGAGCAGUCAGUCCAGAGUAGAAUCGCUGAAUGAAGCAUUAACAUCUUCAUUACAUUUUUUCCUCUUAACUACGCUAGUCCAUGCUGUCUUGUAUCGAAAUCUACUGAGCUGCUUAUAAAUACUUGUUGCAAGUAAUAUAACACCCCUUCCAAACCAAGGUCAAUAUUAUUCACCUUGAUCGACAAGUCAAGUUUGACACCACGUUUUCCUUAUCUCUCACUUUUGGAUCUUUUUCAACAAAAGCUCAUUUUAAGUCUUGUUUUAAAAGUGCGUUUUUACUUUUGCGUCUUAAAAAUCGAGUUUCUAACCCGGCCUUUGUUGUACUUCAAUCAAAAAGAGUUAAAAGAAAGUCCUUUUCAAAAGUUUGAAUCGCGCACGCAAUUGUUUACAAGAGUUAACAACUUUAACUUGUAACAUUUUUGCGCCAUUUAUUUACUCCCUUCCGAAUUUAUCUACUUUGCUUCCUUUCUCGUAUAAUUAAGAAAGUCAUUUUUUUUCAUACUCCAACGGAGCAGUAGAGCUUUGGCACGGAGGUGUCCCGCGCGGUUGAAAUCCUGAUUCGAACGACGUCAUGCAGCUUCGGGUCAUGUCUCGAGACAUGAAAAUUUUUAUCUUACAUAGAACGUUCGUGAUCAUGACCAAAACGUCGUUAUUGGUCAGAUUUGCCUACACGCGUCUAAAAUAUGUUUGCUCGUAAGCAACAAUUGAAUGGUUUGCAAAAAAAAUACCAUUAUUUUUA